UGUGGUCAAAAACUGUAUGGGCUUUCCGGCGGAACCUCUCACCAACACACAUAGGUUCCUACCUUUAUACCCACAUGUAAUUGGCUCCUACAUGUAUUAAGAGCCAUUUUUUGGGAGGGAUUGGACCAAAUGUAAUUGGAUAGAGAAAAAGUGGUAAACUUAUCACAUGCAUCAAUAUGGCCUGAAAUUUACAAAAUUCUGAGACAGACCUGGCUGUCAGUGAGGUCCUUGUUUUCUGUGAAAAAUAUUGUUUCUACCUUCAGCAGGAAAUUGAGUUUGUAAAUCCUGGAAUGUGUAUGCUAAAUACACUGCUUCAGAUUGAAUAGAGUGCUCCUUGUGUCAUUUAAAAGGUUUCAACUUUGCAAGCUUGUAAAAGCUGAAAGGCAGCAGCAGACCUUUGCAAAGCUAUCUUUUACUGCCGUUGGGUGUUUUUAUUUUGCUAUAAAAGUUUGAGUCCAAAGGUGUGUUUCAGUGGGUUAUUAUCAACAUUUUGUCUGACAAAAAUACUAUUUUUUAUUAACUAAUUUGCUGAACUCUCAAAUUAAAUGUUCAUCAAUCUUUUCUAUUCUUUGUUUGUGAUGUAAAUUAGCCAAAUGUAUUGAAUGGGGAUUUAUAAAUUCCUCCCACUAAUUACAGUUCAAGCAGUUCAUAUAGUAUUUUUUAGCAAAUGGAGUUCCUACGUAACUGGGAAUGUUGAAUAAGGGCUCCUUGGUGUAGGUCUGCCUGUGUCAUGUUCCAGUGAUCGCAGACAAACAAGAACCUGGUGCAAACAGCUUACAAAAACAGAAAGAAUGAGACCACCCCAAUUGGUUCCUUGCCAACAGAUAAGGACACACGGCAGAGAUGAUGAAUGAGUGACCAGGACAUGUAAACGAUUUGCAGAGAGCUGGCAUGUGAAUGUUUGACAAAGGACCAAAAGCCACAAAAAAGAGGAGCUACCUCAGGAGGAACCAUCGUACCGAGCCUUUUCUGAAACAUUUUGGUUUCUGGAUUUUAGUUUCCUUUAGGCCUACUACCUAAACUGCAGUCAUGCCAGGUGAGGAAAAGUUGUCGUACCAUGAAGCCAUUGAGAGGGCGAGCAGCUCUUUGUACCGCUUCCCUCUGCUCCCAGUCAGAGGAAUUCCUCUCAUGAACCAUAUCGCCAACAGCUGGGACACUAUCUGGGCUUUCCGUCCUGACCCCUCAGACAUCCUCAUCGCCACCUACCCCAAAGCAGGGACCACAUGGACCCAGGAAAUCGUUGACCUGCUUCUUCACAACGGAGAUGCUGAUGCCUGUAAACGAGCCCCAACACCGGCACGCAGCCCUUUCCUUGAGAUUGUCUCCCCGCCACCAAUCCCAUCAGGAAUUGAUCUUAUGAAGAACAUGGAUCCUCCAAGAAUCAUCAAGACACAUCUGCCUUUUCAGUUGUUGCCUCCUGCAUUUUGGGAAAACAAGUGCAAGACGAUCUACGUGGCACGCAAUGCCAAAGACAACAUAGUGAGCUACUACCACUUUGACUGUAUGAAUAAGACCCAGCCUGAGCCAGGACCCUGGGAGGGAUACAUAUCCAAGUUCAUGAGGGGAGAGUUGGCGUGGGGCUCGUGGUACGACCAUGUGAAAGGUUACUGGAAGGAGAGAGAGAAGAGGAACAUCCUGUACCUCUUCUAUGAGGACAUGAAAGAGAAUCCUCGGCGUGAGGUGGAGCGCAUCAUGAAGUACCUGGACCUGUCGCUCUCGGAUGAGGUCAUCAGCCGGAUUGUGGAGCUUACUUCUUUUGAGAUAAUGAAGGAGAACCCCAUGGCCAACUACUCCUGCAUCCCAACGCAUGUUUUUGAUAACUCCGUCUCCCCCUUCAUGAGAAAAGGUCAAGUGGGGGAUUGGAGAAACCAUUUCACACCCGAGCAAUCAAAGAUGUUUGCCGAAGAUUAUGACAAGAAGAUGAAGGACGUCAAUAUACCAUUUAGGAGCCUCAUCUAAAGGAUGUUGGGUUUUAUACCAAACUAAUGCCGCCUUAUAAACCAAAGAAUGAAGUACUGAUUCAGGGAAGACAGAAAGACUGUCAGAAAAUUUGACAGGAGCUCAAAACCAAACCAGCAGAGUAAAAAUAAAUAAGUUUCAGCUCAGGUGUUAAUUGCUAGUGUUUAGAUUAAGAGGAAAACCAUUCAAAAGUAUGUUUAAAGAAUCAAUAAAAAUGUGCUCCAUGAUACAAGGACUUGAGUUUUUAAUCAUCACUUUAUUGCAGCUUAUCACGUAAACAAUAUAUAAGACCAAAAGUGUUGUGACUGAGUGGACAUGCCCAUUUUAUGACAUGACACCUCCAACAGUCUGUUUGCAUGGAGCCCGUAGAGAGCACUUGCAGCUGGAGGCAUGUGCUUUUUCUGCCCAUAUGAAGCCAUUUUGCAACCCUACACCACACUGUACAAAGCCCAGCCAGAGAAGGGAGGCUGCACGAGACACGAGCAACAAAGACUAGAAUAAAAGUAAUGAGCUGGAAA